UUUCUCGGAAACUUUGUAUUGUCAAGAAAAUAAUGGGGCGCAGGAAAGAUGAGGACUUAUUGUGUCCUCGUCUUAAGAAUAAUAAUGAUAAUAAUGAUUUCAAUUUGGGACACCACUCUUACGAAGAGGUUUUGACUCAGGGACAGAUUUUGCAGCUGAAGGAUGAAUUUUCCCGUCUGAAAGAGUCCUGUUACCUGGAUCAUGCCGGGGCAACGUUGUAUUCCAAGUCUCAAUUGGAAUCGGCUAUGACGGAGCUACAGGAAAAUUUAUUCAGCAAUCCUCACUCGAGAAAUCCAUCAAGUUCGAUUACGACAGAUGCGACGGAUCAUGUUCGGCAAAGAGUUUUGGCACAUUUUGGAACCAAUGAUGACGAAUACUCUGUAAUUUUUACGUCGGGUGCAACCUCAGGGCUGAAAUUGUUGGCGGAAUCAUUUUCCUUUAAUGAAGAAGGAAUAUUCGCUUACCUGGAGGAAAAUCACACCUCAGUUGUUGGGAUGCGAGAAUACCUCCUGAAAAAUAGGAAUGGUCCGACGCACAAAAACUCAUCAACUUCAAGUGUCUCCUGUGAAGACUCUUCAACUUCCAAUAAUGGAAAUGGUCACGUUUACUGCGUGUCGAAAUAUGCGAUGGAACAAAUAAUGAUGAACUCACCGGUACCUCAUUAUCAUGCUGCGGAGGUGGAUGCGAGUGGCGUCUCGAAGAAUUCUACGAGUUCGCCAUCAAAUGGUCUCAUGACAGAAAAUGCAAAUGCAUUAUGUGCUAUCCCUGCGCAAUGCAACUUUUCUGGGUACAAGUACCCACUGGAAUGGAUUUCAAAAAUUCAAAGUGGUCAAUUGAACAGCAUCUCGGAAUCGGGCGACUUUUACAUUCAGAACAAGACUUUCAAGACAAAUCCAGUGAAAAUUGAUCGAUCAUUGAAAUGGUACGUCGUUUUGGAUGCGGCGAGUUACGUCGCGAGUAACAGAUUGAACUUAUCCGUGCACAAGCCAGAUUUUGUGACGAUUUCAUUCUACAAAAUGUUUGGGUGGCCAACAGGACUUGGUGCGUUGAUUGUGCGAAAUAGUAGUGGACAUAUCCUCGGGAAUAAGCAGUAUUUUGGUGGUGGAACUGUGAACAUUUCAAUUCCAUCGCUGCCGUAUCAUGUCAAGCGUUCCAAAUUACAUGAAAGAUUUGAAGAUGGGACAAUCUCUUUCCUCUCAAUUCUGGGUGUCAGACAUGGUUUAAACGCGUUGACAAAGUUUUUCCCUGAAAUGGAUUUAAUUCGGACAAGAACUUUUCGCCUAACCCAGUAUCUGUAUAAAAAUCUCCGCAACAUGACAUACGAAAAUGGACAACGUGUUGCCACAAUUUUCUCCGACACAGAAUACGACUCUGAAAAGACCCAAGGACCAGUAGUGACGUUUAACUUGUUGCGUCCAAAUGGAGAAAUUAUCGGAUAUUCGGAGAUGGAACAAAUCGCGUAUCUCCACAACGUGAAUCUUCGAUAUGGCUGCUUCUGCAAUCCAGGCGCUUGUCGAAGACAUCUUGGCCUCACUUCUCAACAAGUUUUAAAGCAUUACGAGUCCGGACAUGUGUGUGGCGAUGGAUUCGACAUCGUUGAUGGCAAUCCAACCGGAGCAAUUCGUGCCUCGAUAGGAUACAUGACCACCAAGGAAAAUAUUGACUUUCUUCUCUUAUUAAUCUACAACUGUUGGAUAAAACCGAGCAAUAUUAAUCAGAACUUAAUCAAAAAUCCCACUUUAUUACUACAAGCUAACCGAGAUUCCAACCAAAACGUGCAACAGAUGGAAAAUUCUCACACUUUGAAAAGUAAUAAACUGCUCCAAAUAUUCGUCUACCCUAUAAAAUCGUGCGCACCUUUCCAAGUGAAGAGCACUUGGACGAUAGGACCUCACGGAUUACUAUACGACCGCCAAUGGCUCAUUGUGAAUUCAAAUGGCGUCCCUCUAACAGCGAAGAGAGAGCCAAAAUUGUGUCUGAUUGAGCCCACAAUUGACAUAUCAAGUAGACAGCUUAUCCUCCAUUUUCAUGGAGACGACGAUAAAAAUAAUGCAGUUGUUCCAUUAGACAUUUCUUCCUUCUCUAAAAAUUAUUCGGUCGAAGCCUCCUUAUGCAAUUCCAAAGUUUGCGGCGAUUCUAUCGUUGGCCUAGAUUGUGGAGAAAGCGUGUCCACCUGGCUCUGUCGGGUCCUGGACAGAUCAAACCUUAAAUUGAUUCGCAUGUCGCCAGAUCAUCAUCGCAAACCAAGGAACUCGUUGGAGGAGAUUUCCUUGGCGAAUCAGAGCCAAUUUCUUCUCCUUUCAAUGCCCAGUCUCACACAAUUAGCGAGAGAGUUAAGGAGCAAUGGAGUCCUUUCAUCACUUAAUAUCCCGACCAGUCCCAGCCCCACCACUUACGAGGAGGAGAACGGUAGAGAAGAUCUCGAUGAGAAAAUAAAUCGCGAAAAUUGCAAUUAUCUAGAUGACGAUGCAAUCCUUCAGGCUGUCGUAGUUGAAAAUCUUAUCGGGAGAUUUAGAGGAAACUUGGUGAUUGGUGGGUCAGACUUGGAUCAUGCGGCGUAUGAGGAGGAAACGUGGAAAGGAAUUCGAAUCGGGGGGACCGAUUUCAAAUGCGGAGGACCUUGCAUGAGAUGCGCCACGAUUUGCAUGGAUCCUUUAACCGGAAAGAAAAGUGCGGAACCUUUUCUCACCCUGUCUCGUAUUCGAGGUGGACGACCAAACUUUGGCGUUCAUCUUUACGCAAGUAGACCUACUGACACUGAUUAUAAUUUUAUGGCGACUCGAACCCCGUUCCUUAAGACUCUGCGAAUUGGAAGUCAUUAUGAAGUUGUGGACAAUGCAGAAGAACAGAACUGUGUGAAAGAUAAACUCGAAGCGCUUCGAAAUAUAGAUUAAAAUUUAUUUUAUUAGUCGUCUCAUU